AUGAAGCAGUUUGUGACUCUUCUGGUGAUACUGCACUGCAGUGUGUUUCAGGCCCAGGAGGCCAGUACUCUACAGACUAACUGCAGUGAUGAAGAAGUGCCUUUUACAGAAAGGUUGGUUCAGUCCCAGAGCAGUUACAGGAGCAAUUACAAUAAAUGUUUGGUUUGUCCACUAGACACAUGCAACGGACUGUUGAAGAACAUAGGAUUCAUGGAAGCACAACUUAGAGUACUCGAAAGUCAAAUUGAGGAGCUGAGAGGAAUUGAAGAGCGACCAAAAGUGGCCUUUUCAGCUUCAAUAGGUGGACAUGGGGACACAGGACCAUUCAGUACAGAUAUAACUCUUGUUUUCAGGAACGUCCUUACAAACAUAGGAAGUGCUUAUAACCCUGCUACAGGAAUUUUUUCUGUACCAACAAGAGGAAUCUACUAUAUCAGCUUUUUUUACCAUGGUGGAACUGCAAACCCAACAAGAUUAUCUCUGUUCAAGAAUGGACAGCGCAUAGCAACAGCCUCCCACCACCAAGGAGAUGGUCGUGCUGAGAAUGGGUCAAAUGGUGUCAAUCUGUUGCUAGAAGCUGGAGAUCAUCUGUAUAUUGUUCUUUGGGCUGGAUCUUGGGUCUGGGAUGGUAAUAAUAUAGACACUAUAUUCAGUGGCUUCCUGCUUACUCCACUGUAA